UUUCAGGUUGAUGGUCCCCUGCUCGGCAGCACUGCAGGGAGAAGAUGGCUCAGCCUGCACACCUGAACCAGAACCUGCCAGAUCUCGGGGGCCCAUUCUUGUACAGGGACCAGGAUGAUGGCGAGAAGAGCUCGUACUCAGUGGAAACCCCCUAUGGCUUCCUCUUGGACCUGGAUUUCCUGAAAUACGUCGAUGACAUCGAAAGCGGCCAAACGCUCAAGAAGGUGCCGCUGCCGCGCAGGGCGAAAGGGACACGGCCACAGCCCGGCACACUGCGCAGCCCCAGCAGCCACCCCAGCGCCUGGACCUCCACCGAGUCCCUGGCUUCCACACUCAGCGAGGAUGGGAGGAGUGCACUGCUGCUGUCCCCGCAAGGCCGCGCGGUCCCUGAACCCCCCGGCAAGCAAACCUCGCUCCCCACGUCCCCGCCGCCCGCGGUGCGGCUGCUCCCACCUCCUGCCCGCAAGUGCCUGGCGCGAAACCCGCAGGUGGAGAAGACCUUGCUGGAGACGAGCAGGAGGCUGGAGCAGGAGCAGAGCCGCUCGCAGCCGGGUGCCCCGAGCCAGGUGCAUUCAUGGGUGCCGGCAGGCUCCGAGGGCCAGCCGGGCUCCAUGCGGAUGAGCCCCGGCAGCUCAGGGCGCAGCACUCCUGCUGCGGGGCUCGGGACGGCCCCACUGCAGCACGUGAGGGAGCAGAUGGCCGCGGCCCUGCGGCAGCUGAGGGAGCUGGAGGAGCAGGUGAAAACCAUCCCGCUGCUGGAGAUGCAGAUCUGCGAGCUGCAGCGGGAGAAGGCAAAGCUGAUGGAGAAGCUGUCGGCGGAGCCCGGCAAGGUGUUGUUGGAUCAUCCCGAUGGGAGCGAGGAGCAGCCCCAAGCAGAGCCGGAGGGAGAAGUGGAGCCGGCGAAGGGACGAACGAGCAAGAUAGCAGAGCUGAGGAAGCUGACGGAGAAGCUGGCUGUGCCGGAGCGGAGCGGCCGCAGCGCGCAGGGCAAGAGCGUGGCAGCCAGGCCCAGGGCUGCGGAGAGGCAGUGCCGCUCUGUGGCGGUGGGCGAGGAGCGGGCCAUGAGCGACGGCGUCUUCUACUACGCUGAUACAGGUGCUGCCGACCCGCAUCCCACCAGCGUGGGCCCCGCUGACCCAGGCCCCGCCGUCCCGGCCUGUGAGCAGACGGAGCCCGCUGUGUGCGAUGCCGGAAGCCAGCAGCCCCCCCCAGGCAGUCCCAGUGCCCCCAGCCCGCAGCGUGCGGCAGUGCUGGAAGCAAUAGGGGCUGCCACGCAUCCCGCAGCCCUCUCAGCGGAGAUGGAGGACGGCGGCCAGGAGCCGGCACGGGACGGCAGAGCAGCACCCAGCCCUGCAGCCAGAGCCCUGAAAUCUAUCAUGAAGAAGCGGGACGGACCUCCUCGGAGCGAGGCUGAGGGCAGCAAGAAGAGCCUGCAGUUUGUGGGCGUGCUGAACGGGGAGUACGAGAGCACAUCCAGCGAGGAGGAGGAGGAGGAGGAGGAAGAGGAAGGAGACAGCUCCUCUGAGAAGGCUUCAGCUGACAGCACUGACAGUGAGGAGCCAGCGGGCACCGACACCUCGGAGGAGGAAGAAGAGGAUGCUGAGGAUGGGGACGGACAAAGCGAGCUGAGCAGGCAGCAGGAGGGUGAGGGGGCCAGCACGGCCCCCCCAGAGCCCCCCGAGGUGAAGGAGAAGUUCGAGCUGAGCCCCAGGAUGCGGGAGGCCUGCCUCAUUGUUAAGACUCACCUGGGCCACCCCACAGCCACCAAGAGCAAGGAGGCGCUCGCCAGCAGCAGCCUGGUCCUGCAGGAGUGGUUCCGUCUGUCCAGCCAGAAGUCAUCCAUCCCCGACACGGUUGCCAACCACCUCCUGGCCUUUGCUGAGCUCUCACCAGCCCUCCUGGCCCACGUGGUCAACCUGGCCGAUGGGAAUGGCAACACUGCCCUGCACUACAGCGUCUCCCACUCCAACUUCCACAUUGUGAGGCUGCUGCUGGACACAGGGGUCUGCAAUGUGGACCACCAGAACAAAGCUGGUUACACAGCCCUCAUGCUGGCAGCUCUGGCGGCCGUGGAGCAGGAAGACGACAUGAAUGUGGUCAGGAGGCUUUUCAGCAUGGGCAACGUCAACGCCAAGGCCAGCCAGGCCGGCCAGACAGCACUGAUGUUGGCCGUCAGCCACGGACGGCAGGAGAUGGUGGAAGCCCUGCUGGCCUGCGGGGCCGACGUGAACCUGCAGGAUGAGGAAGGCUCUACUGCACUCAUGUGUGCCUGCGAGCACGGCCGUGUGGAGACUGUGAAGCUGCUGCUGGCUCAGCCCACCUGCGACGUCUCCAUUGUGGACAGCGAUGGUAACAACGCUGUCACCAUCGCGCUGGAGGCAGGACACAGCAACAUUGCAGUGCUCCUGUAUGCCCACCUCAACGGGACAAAGGCACAGCCACAGCAGGGGACAUCAACAGCGGGCACCAAGAGCCCCGUGAGCCCAAAGAAACCAAAUUAGAAUGACCUUUGGAUCCGGCUGUGUGCCAGCUGGCCACCAUCAGAGCCAGGCUGUCACUUGUCCCCCUUCCUGCUGCUCCUUCGCGUGCUGAAUCGCUCCCUGAGGCUGCGGAUGUUUUCCAUCUCCGCUCGACAGAGCAGGCACUGUCCCUGGGCCUCAGUGCAGGAAGCGUCCCACUGCAGCUGCAGGAGCACUGCAGGGCUGCGAGGGGGAGUGGGGCUGUGGGAGGACAAGCAGCAGCAGCAGUGGGAGAGGGGACAUGGAGCAGCUGCCUCGUGGCCACAGGAGCAUUUCCAGACUGAAAUAUGCGCUCGUCUUUCCUGGCAUUUCCUUUCCCAACAGAAACCUGGCUCUUCUCUAACACACGCACACAAAAGAAAAAAUUACAUAUAUAUAUAUACACUAAGCAAUAUAUAUAUAUAUAUAUAUAUAAAGAUGAACAUCAAAUCACUCAAUGAUUUGAUUUGCUCAAUGGGAGCCAAAACUUCUGGGUGCUCAGACCUGCAGCCAAGCUGACAGAAGAGAUGAGAGCCACAGCUGCAUUUAGGGACUGAGACUGCCCAGCCUGUGCCAGGAGCCACAGAGAUGAAACUCAGCCCACAAGCAUUUCCCAUUUUAAAAGUCCCACAGCCACCAACCAUCCAUGGGCUGUUGCUGCCUUCACAAGUCUGUUUGCCCUCCCCAAGGGGAGGAGCGUGGCUGCUAGCUCCAGAAAUAGAGCAGCAAGAAGAGCUGAGAGCCUAGGGCCUGCAGAGAUGGACACGUACGUAGGAACAUGUGUGUCUGUGCAAGUGUGCGUGCACCAGGCAGGGUGAGAACAGACGAGGUAAGGACGAGGACUGGCAGCAGACAAAACAAGAAGGCUUUUGCAUAUGAAGCAGGCCCUGCUCUAAGGUAAGCGAUGCUGCUGCAGCCCCCACUGCUGCCCCUUGGCUCCUCUUCCUCCACUGAGGCACACAAGGCCUGGUCUGAGCCAUCUCACCAGCUGGGAAAUGCUCCCAGGAGGGCUGCUCUGGGCAGCACGCCGCUGUUCUCACCUUGUUUCAGCUUUGCACUGAAGUUACUACACGAAGCUUACAGCCACUCUCCAGUACACCGCUCUGUAUGUACUCCGUACUCACUGCUUUUGUUUCACACAUCUGUUUACUGACAUUUUUAUACUGAUGUUUAUUUUUAAGACAAAUAAAAUUUAAACUUAUUUUGAAAUAUUACAGCCACCAUCAAAA